AUGAACUAUCAGACCAACGGUCAAAUCAUGGACCUCUACCGCGGCUGGUUCAGCCAAAACGGCGGCUGUGGUUACGUGCUGAAGCCCCGCUUCCUGCGGGAAAAGUACGCCAACUUUAAUGCCCGUCGGAAGGAGUUGAUGCCUGGCGUCGACCCGGUCAAUCUCCGGAUCAAAAUCAUCAGCGGCCAGCAGCUGCCCCGCCCUCGAGGCGCCUCCCUCAAGGCCACGGCCAUUGACCCGUAUGUGACGGUGCAGGUGUUGGGAGUUCCCGCAGACUGCGCCGAGGCCCGCACCCGUACCGUCUCCUCCGACGGCCACGACCCGAUCUUCGAUGAGAGCUUCGAGUUUAACGUGGCCGUGCCGGAGUUGGCCCUGGUCCGCUUCCUCGUCCUCGACGACGACUUUAUCAACGACGACUUUAUCGGCCAGCUGACGGUUCCCGUGAGCUGCCUGACUGCAGGAUUUAAACAUGUUCGACUGUUGAAUCUUCACGGCGACCCUCUCAGUCCGCAGGCGAACCUCUUUGUGAAGAUUAGCAUUACCAAUCGAUACGGCUCAAAGCAAAAACUUCGCCGAAAGCGAAGCUGGAGCGCCAAGCACGGCUCCGGUUCGAGCUCGUAUUUCGAAUCGGCGGCGAGCAUGAAAUCAGUGGGCGUGAAGGCGAUUGACGAACAGCUGAAGGUCGCCUUUGGAAUGGUCCACGAACUGGCCGGCAUGAGAAAGGCGGUGGAAAAGGCGAUCCUCGAAUUGGCAGACGAGUGUUCGCUGCCGGAGAGUGCCAAUAUGGCGCAAUGUUUGCGGAUUAUCACCCUCCGAUUGGCUUCCUGUGCUACUGUCACAAACUUCAAGGUUGUGAGGAGUUUGGGAAGUUUUGGAGGUUCUGGAGGAGGAGGAAUUGGAGGCUAUCCUCACCUGAAGGUGGUCGGCGAGCUGACGCCGAAGCUGCAGCGGACGAUGGUGACGCUGGAUCGGGCGUUGGCGGAGUUUUGCGCCGUCUGCACGGCCGCCAAUGACCUGGCUGGUUCGCUCGCCGAAAUUUACCGCCAGUUCUCCAGUCUCAGCUAUGAGAGCUCCUCGGGCAAGGAAAGCAGUGGGGGCAGCUUUGUGCUGAGUUCCUCCUCAUCAAAGCCUGAAGCGACGAGCUCUUCAGCUUCAACCUCCUCUUCGAAUAUGAUCACCAGCCUGUUGGAUAACCUCCGUUCGACGAGUCCGAAGUUUAGCUCGGCCGGCUCUUCAGGAAUCUCGGCUGAAAAGUUGAGCAAUUCUGAUUCAGGAGUAGGAGGAGGCGGAAAUCGAUCCGGCUAUGCGAGCUGUGAAGAGGAACAACAACAUAGUACCGGAAGUUCUGAGCAGCAGCAGCAGCAGCAUUCCAAUUCUGGAAAAAUUGGCAUCAAGUUUCCCUUUACCUCCAGUUCAAGUACUGGUAAUCCUUCCUCCUCUACGUCCUCUUCAGUUAGUGGAGGAGUUUCGGAGGUUAAGAAACAUUCAGGAGGUGGUGGUGGUGGUGAUCACUCGAGCACCUCCAACUCGCCGAUGGGCAGCUUCAAGGCGACCUCUUCGAAGAAGGGCGAAAAGGUGCUGGACAUUCUCAGCUGGGACCUGGCGCUGAUUAAGGCGGAGCUGGAGGCGUUGAGAGCACUGCAGGCGGAUUGCAGAGGAGCUUUUGCUCAGAUCAACCGCAUCGCCGACUCGCUGGAGCGAGUCUGGGCCCGAGAGCACAAGUUGAACCUUCGGUCAAACUCUCAUGCGAUUCGAGAGCUCUCCAACGCGCCCUUUAUGCAAUCGGGCACUUCCGGUUAUCAAAGUUUGCAGGCGGCUUCAGAAGGUUCCGGAGGCGGACUGUCGCCGGUUUCAUCUGCCAACGAUUCGGCUGCCUUGGCUGGAAACGCCUCACUUUCUUCAGCCUCCUCAGCUUCUUCAGCAACUUCGACGACGCUAAACCUGCUCGAUGCGACGAUGAACACCAACCUCAAUAAUGCCAGCAACUACUCCUCUUCAAACUCCACCGCGCCGCUUUCGCCCGCUUUUGGAGGUGGUGGUGGAGGUGAACUUCGAAGUAUCCUCAAGAAGUCCACCUCGCCGACGCCCAAUUCCAAUGCUAACAGUAAUGGUCGACAGAAGGAGCAUUAUCUCGGAGAGUACUACCACCAAUCGGCGGUGCAGCAGAUUGCCGCCGAACUUUCGGCGACGCCGCUUGGAGGAGGUGGAGGUGGAGGUCAAAGUUCGACUUCAACUUCGAACACAUCGAACACCACCACAACCCACGCCCAGCCCGGCCAGUACCAGCAGUUUCACAGUGAUCUCAACAAGAGCCUCGAGGAGAAGCUGCGCAUCGGUCAGUGA